AUGACGACCACCCAGACCGUCACGGUCAAGCACACAGGCUCUGAGCCUGUUGGUGAACGUCGUGUCUCGAUGAUUCGCCUUGAGACAACCAGCGUUCAAUCUCGCGAAAGCGAACGAACUGAAGCCGAGCAGCAAGCCUCACAGAUUUCCAAGCUGCGCAGCACAAUUAUCGUGUUUCAAAUGAGCGGUAAUACCAUGCUCUCGAGUAUCAUCAACGGCCUUGUCACCGUUGGACUUCCCACGAUCACAAAGGACCUGCAGCUACCUGCCUCGCUCUCCUUCUGGCCAGUGUCCGUAUCGGGACUCGCUACUGCCUCGACUUUGUUGUUGGCAGGCUCGUUGGCUGAUGUCGUUGGUCCACGGUGGGUCGACCUUGUUGGCACGUUUGCCAGCGGUGCAUUGAUGCUUGGAAUGGGCCUAGCCAAGGAAGGUACUCAAUUAGUUGCGAUGCGUGCCAUCCAGGGUGUCGGUCUCGCACUUCACCUUGCAUCCGCUGUAGGCAUCGCCACUCAGGUCUUCCCCCAGGGAAAAAGCAGGAACAUGGCCUUUGCGUGUCUCGGCAUGGCUCAACCCGUCGGCUUCUGCCUUGGUCUCGUCUUGGGCGGUGUCUUCGUGGAUACUGUUGGCUGGCGAGUUGGCUGGUAUAUCGCGGGUGGUGCGUCCUUGUUCCUUUCGUUCAUUGGACUGUGGGCUCUUCCUGGGAGUGAGCAUCCUCGCAAACUGGAGAAUAUUUUGCACGAUUUGAAGUACAAGGUUGAUUGGGUUGGUGCGCUGCUUGCGUCUGCUUUUAUGGCGCUGCUUUGCUACUUGCUUGCAAUUCUCAGUUCAAAUGUGUAUCGCAUCAAGGAAACUGCCAGCAUUGUGAUACUUUGUCUGGCCGCAAUUGCGCUGCCUUCGUUCGUUAUAUGGAUUCAUUAUCAGGUUCGCCGUGGAAGGCCGGCACUUAUUCCUAAUUCGUUCUGGAGAAAUGCCACCUUUUCGAGCAUCUGUGCCACCAUUGCACUCUCGUUUGCGGUGAUCAACUCUAUGGAGCUCUUCGCAAGUCUGUUCUUCCAAGAGAUUCAGCAACUCUCCGCCCUUCAAGCAUCCAUCCGCAUCCUCCCCAGUCUGGUUGUCGGCGUUCUAGUUCAAGUCACAGCAGGUUUCUUCGUGCAUCGAGUACCUGCCAUCUGGAUCGUGCUUCUACAAGCGGUGAAUUGCAAUGCCCUUUUCACUGUCGGCCUUAUCAUUAUAACGGAUAUCUUCCCGGAGGACACGAAAGCACUUGCGGGCGCUGUGUUCAACACUGCUGCGCAGUUCGGUACUGCACUUGGAUUCGCGAUUCUGCAAGUCAUUUCGUCAGUUGUUACUGAGAAUAAACAGGUCAUUGAGGAUGAGAUCCCUGCGCUGCUGGCGGGGUAUCGAGCGAGCUUUUGGACUAUGUUUGCUUUCAUGGUCCUUUGUACGGCGAUUUCAGGACUUGGUCUACGGAAAACAGGGCGGAUUGGAUUGAAGCGAGAUUAA